CCUCGGUCUGAGGCAGGCUCUUGGCCCCAACAGGGCCACUGUGGGUAGCUCGCUGGAAUUGACUUCACGCCGCACGCCAACUGCUUCCGGAUCGCGGUAGCUGUCACUUCCGGAGCAACAUGGCGGCCACGGAGGACGACCGGCUAGCGGGGAGCGGAGAAGGAGAGCGGCUGGAUUUCCUGCGGGACCGGCACGUGCGGUUCUUCCAACGCUGCCUGCAGGUCUUGCCGGAGCGCUAUUCUUCGCUGGAGACCAGCAGGUUGACAAUUGCGUUCUUUGCACUCUCCGGGCUGGAUAUGUUGGAUUCCUUAGAUGUGGUGAACAAAGAUGAUAUAAUAGAGUGGAUUUAUUCCUUGCAGGUCCUUCCCACAGAAGACAGGUCAAAUCUAAGUCGCUGUGGUUUCCGAGGCUCUUCAUACCUGGGUAUUCCAUUCAAUCCAUCAAAGAAUCCUGGAACAGCUCAUCCUUAUGACAGUGGGCACAUAGCGAUGACUUACACUGGACUUUCCUGUUUAAUUAUUCUUGGCGAUGACUUAAGCCGAGUCGAUAAGGAAGCUUGCUUAGCAGGCUUGAGAGCACUUCAGCUGGAAGACGGGAGUUUUUGCGCUGUUCCUGAAGGCAGUGAGAAUGACAUGAGGUUUGUGUACUGUGCUUCCUGUAUCUGCUAUAUGCUCAACAACUGGUCAGGCAUGGAUAUGAAGAAAGCCAUCAGCUACAUUAGAAGAAGUAUGUCCUAUGACAAUGGUCUGGCACAGGGUGCAGGACUUGAAUCUCAUGGGGGAUCCACCUUUUGUGGCAUUGCAUCGCUGUGCCUGAUGGGUAAACUGGAAGAAGUUUUUUCAGAAAAGGAACUGAACAGGAUAAAGAGGUGGUGUAUAAUGAGGCAGCAGAAUGGGUACCAUGGAAGACCUAACAAGCCUGUUGACACCUGUUACUCCUUCUGGGUGGGAGCAACUUUAAAGCUUCUGAAAAUUUUCCAGUAUACUAACUUUGAGAAGAAUAGGAAUUACAUCUUAUCAACACAAGAUCGCCUUGUGGGAGGAUUUGCCAAAUGGCCAGACAGUCAUCCAGAUGCUUUGCAUGCAUACUUCGGGAUCUGCGGCCUGUCACUAAUGGAAGAGAGUGGAAUUUGUAAAGUUCACCCUGCUCUGAACGUCAGCACACGAACUUCUGAGCGCCUUCGAGAUCUGCAUCAGAGCUGGAAGACCAAGGACUCACAGUGCUCAGACAGUGUCCAUAUUUCCACUUGACUGACCCUGGGUAAUGGGUUUGUAGCAUAAGUGUAGCUCAAGGUUAAAAGCCAUGUGUAACCAAGUGUGCUCUUCUUUAAGGGGUAGUUUUAAAAGUCAAAGCUUGUACUGCUCGCUUCAGGAUGUGCUCCUGAGCCAGUAACCACUGUACUGGAUUUCAAGAAAAUCCUUGUUCAAGUUUGGACCUCAGCAGGACUCUGCUGUGGUGUUUAAUGUUUAUGCUGUGUUUCUGAGAUGUUUCAUGGGGCAGAUUGACUAUAUGUAUGCAGGUUAUCGUCUUAAAACCCUUUAUACAAGUUCUGGCUUACAAAAUGGAUAGAAAUCUUCAAAACAAGUUUACACUUCAAAUGGCAUUGAUAAUCUUCAAUUGAGCAUUUAGUGAUCACUUAAAAAUCUGUUGCUGAUGGUAAGAAAUUUGUUAUUGAAUUAAGUAUCUGGGAUUAUUCUUUAAAAAUUGAUGGUCUUAUAAUUUUCUUAAAGAAUAAUAUAUUUUGCGUUAUUCUUAAGGUGUGCCAACUAGACUUGGAACCUAUACAGAUAAAAUUAAAAGUUCAUAAAUAGAACUAUAAAAAGAAAAUAAAUAGGCUUAACUAAUAGUAUAGUUUUCUAAAGGGACAGCAUUACAUAAUUGAUAGAGAAGUAAUUGGCCUAUAUAAUUAUGAAUGAGAAGGUUCUGUGUUAUGUAUCUUUAUUAGAGGUUCCAUGGGUUCCUGUUGUGCUUUGUUUUAAUCCCAAAUCAUUGGCUACCAUUUGUCGGGGGUGAGGGAGGAAACAAUCUUUGCCAUCUAGAAAAAAAGACAUUCAGUGUUUAUUCUUCUGAGAAACAUGACACUGUAAAUACUUGUGUGGUUAUAACUGAGUUCUUUUUAGUUGCAUAGCUGUUUUCUUUUUUCUUGUUCAGUGUUUUGUAUCUACCAUAGUUAGCUGCUUUAUCUCCCAUCUACAAGGUUGAGCAUCCUUAAUCCAAAAUCCAAUAUCUGGGCCAGGCAUAGUGGUACACGCCAUUAAUCCCAACACCUGUAUGCAGGUGUAUCUCUGUGAGUUCAAGGCCAGCCUGAUCUACAGAGUGAGUUCCAGGCCAAUUGGAGCUGUAUAAUGCAUUAGACUCUGUCUCAAAAACAAAACAAAAACAGCAACAACAAAAACAAUAAAAUCCAUUAUAUGAAAUGCUUCAGAAUCUAAAUUUUUUGACUGACAGCAUGACACAAUUGGAAAACGUCACCCUUUACUUUAAUGUGACUGGUUACAGGUAGAUUUCAGGGACACUGUAAAUGCUGUAUAAAACUACUUGAAACUACUGAAUAAAGUGUAUGAAAUAAGUGCAUUCCAUGUUUAGACUCAGGUCCCAUCCACAAGGUAAAGUUAUGUGCAAAUAUUCCAAAAUUUGAAAACAGAAUCUAAAAUCUGAAACAUUACUUUUGGUUUCAGGCAUUUUGGAUAGUGAUACUCAACCUGUAAAUAAUUUUCUAAUGUUUUUAAGUUUGGUAAAUCUUUAAAUAUAAACAGAACCACUGAAGUAUACAUAGUCAUUUAUAUUUUUAUAUUUUUGGCUAAGUGGGAAGGGAAUACAUUCAUUUAGAGGGAAAUACAUAAACUAGGGUUUCACUUACUCAUUGUCUUGUUUUCUUGUCUUCUAUGAACUAACAACCAAUGGAUGGUGUAAAAAUUCCUUCUUAGCAAUCAACUUGUCAAUAAAUCACGUCCAUGAUUUGGUGACAAGAAGGAAAUUUCCUCAGAAGAGGAAAUGGGUAUGUUGGUUUUGGUAGUAAUAAACAUAUUAUUAAUCUAUAGACAUCAUUGUAAAAGCUAAAUUAUUAAUGUCACUGGAUAGAUAAUAGCAUUUUCAUUUAUUUCCUACAUAAAAAUACUUCUAAAGGGAAACCUGGCAUAUGAUUAAAAAUAAUACAUCUCUUAUUGACAUGCUCAGUUUUAGACUUGAGUUUACAGUGCCAGGAGUCUGACUCCUUGCCUGGUGUGCACAAGACCCUUGGUUCCCUGGCUUUGAUCCCUGGCCACCAAACUAAUAAGCCAACCAAAUCUUAUUUAGAAAUAAGUCUUCCAGUAGUGGAGAGAAAAGCUUUACCAAUACAUAUUAUCAUCUCAUGAGCUUCUCCAGUUUCCUCUAUUUAAACCCAAGCAAAAGACAGCAUUCCUGUCUCAAACUGAGUUGUCUCUUAGACAUUAAGAACUGAAGUAGCAUGUAUGAAUGCUGUAGGCAUAUAUCAAAAGCUGGUGCUAUUCCUGAGUUUUAUCAGUUGUUAAAAGGUAAGAAAGUUGGCUAUUGCCGGGCAGUGGUUACACUUCCCUUUAAUCCAGCACUUGGAGGCAGAGGCAGGUGGUCCUCUGAAUUCGAGGCCAGCCUGGUCUACAGAGCAAGUUCCAGGACCACCAGGGCUACACAAAGAAACCCUGUCUCAAAAAACCAAAAAUAAAAAAGUUAUGAAUAAAUAGAUUUAUAAUAUAAAAGUAAUUUAUAUUUUCACAUUCCUUGAAUAAUUUGCUAACAAAGGAAUAUUAAUGGAAGAAUGAUUCUAAUAUAUCUAAGAGGUAAGGUUCCAUGUGAUACUUUAUGGACCAGUAAAUGUUCAUGUUUCAUAGAAACCAACCAAAAAUACUGAGUUGUUAUGAGAAUGGAAAAACUAUUUCUAGAGUUUCUUAAAUAGUUAAAUCUAUCAGAAAAUUUUAUUAAUAAAUUAUAAGCAACA